AUGGCAGAAAUAAUCAAAGGAACAGAUUUAUUAAACAAUGAUAAAAUAAAAAGAAAAUUGAAAGAACAUAUUGAAAAAAACUGCCUAAUUGGAAUACCAACCGAAACAGUGUAUGGAUUAGGAGGGAAUUCAUUAAGUGAUAUAUCGUUGAGACACAUUUUUGAAAUGAAAAAUAGACCAAUAAGUGAUCCAAUAAUAUCACAUGUUUAUGAUAUAACUCAAGCAUUUGAUCAAUUAUAUAAUAUUAACAUUUUUGAAAAAUAUAUUAUUUACAUAUUAAGCAAGAAAUUUUGGCCUGGUCCUUUAUCAGUAAUAGCUAAAGCGAAUAAAAAUCUGCCAUUAAUUUUAACAGCACAUACUAGUUUUUGUGCAGUUAGAAUUCCAAAAAAUCCAAUUGCAUUAGAAAUUAUAAAAGUUUGUCAAGUCCCAAUUGCAGCUCCAUCAGCUAAUAAAUUUCAACAUAUUAGUCCUACGAAUUCUAUGCACGUUUUUGAAGAAUUUAAAAAUGAAAAUAUUCUUAUCUUUGAUGACGGACAAUGUGAUAUAGGGAUUGAAUCCACAGUUUUGAAAUUAAUAAAGUAUAAGAAAAAAUCAAUCAGAAAAGUGAACAAAAAGGACAGGCAUCUCUCCUGUGGUUCCAAGGCGAAUCGAUCUCCCAAUCGAAACGAAGAAGUGGAGGAAGUGGACGGAGAAGAGGAAAUAACCACUGACAUCGAAUACGAAAAGGAAUGUAAAAGAGAAAUGGAAUUUUUUCGAAAAGCAACAAAUUCUUCUACUUCAGAACCGAAUAUACGAAUAUACGAAAAGUUAAAGAACCAGUUUGGGUCUAUUGAGCAAAUGCUGGAAAAAGGGCUCCCUAUAGGACUCGGAAUGGAAGAAACAGGGUGGGAAGAUGCAGAACCCACCAUUUUAGGGAAAAUUUUAAAGUACAAAAAUUUAUACGACUAUCGAAUACGAAUUUACCGAAGGGGAAAAUACACCAUGAGUGACAUUCAGGAUGCUCUAAGUUGUUUUUCUCUGCUGAAAGACAUAGAUGUUGAUUUGUGCGAAAAAAUAAAAUUUGAGCACGUGGCUUUUCAGGGGAAUGGUGGUCUAAAUGAGAAUGACAACCCGGAUGAAAGUACAAAAGGAUCUGCUGAGGCAGAUGUGCGAGCGAAAACGAAUGAGAAAGAGUGUUCUCAGGGAGAAGUGAGCCCGGGAAUGCUGCUCACGCAUUACAGCCCCGUGGUGUCGACAUAUCUAAUAGAUGUGUUGCAAUAUGGAGAAAGUAAAAAUAAUACAACGAAUAAAAACAAAGGUGCAAAGAUUAAUUUGAUGAAUUGCAUCCUUUUAGACAUAGGGAAUUCGUUUGAUAAUUAUCAAAAUGGUUUUCUUAAAUAUAUUAACAUUUCAUACGAUGGAUUGUGCAAAAAUGAUGAACAAAUAAACUUCGUUAUGAAGAAUUUUUUUUUGUUUUUAAGACAUGCAGAAGAGCUAGCCAUAAAACAUGAGGCUGAAAACAUUCUUAUUUCCAUCGUGAAUUUAAAAUCUCUCGAUGAAAAUAGUCUCUCUGUCUUUGACAGAAUUUUUAGAGCCGCCUCGGGAAAAAUAGUAAAAGUGGUUCUGCAUCCAAACGGAGAAUUACGUAGGGUAUAG